ACAGAAGGGGAAACAGAAAUUGCUCAAUGGCACGACUUGUUGUUUUGGCAGCUUUGGGGGUGCUGCUCACCCUGCAGAUGGUGAGUUCCACCAAGCUGGUGUGCUACUUCUCCAACUGGUCCCAGUACAGACCGAGCAUGGGCAAGUUCACUCCCGCCAACGUGGACCCAUUCCUCUGCACGCACGUUAUCUACACUUUGGCCACCAUCAGUCCUGAGAACAAGUUGGUGACCGUCGAGUGGAAUGAUGAAGACAUGUACAGACAGCUGAACAACCUCAAGCUGACCAAUCCUAACAUGAAAACUCUCCUCGCUGUUGGAGGCUUGGUCAAUGGAGUCAGUCCAUUCGUCUCCAUGGUAUUCACACCAGAGGGCCGUGCAACAUUCAUCCGUUCGGCCUUGAGUUUCCUGCGAACUUUUAACUUUGAUGGGCUGGACCUGGCCUGGGAUUUUCCUGGACAAAAUGGAAGCCCGCUGGACGACAAGCAGAGGUUCACUGCCCUGCUCACGGAACUAAGAAAGGCAAUCAUGAAAGAGGCCACGGAAAACAGGAAACCCCCCCUCCUACUCUCUAUCAAAGUCGGAUCUAUAAGGUCCACAAUCGAUAUCUCUUACGAGGUUCCAGAGGUGUCAAGCCAAGUGGACUUCAUCAGCAUCAUGACCUAUGACUAUCAUGGUGCCUGGGAGAAAAGGACCGGACACAACAGCCCUCUCUUCCCCAGCUCUCUCGACCAGGGAACUCAUGUUCACCACAACAUUGACUCUACUGUGAGCUACUGGCUGAUGAAGGGUGCCGAUGCCAACAAGCUUCUCUUGGGCUUCCCCACAUAUGGCCGCACCUUCCACCUGACGACCUCUGCCUCAGGCCUGGGCGCUCCCGCAGACGGCCCAGCUGACGCCGGCCCUUACACCCGCGACCCUGGCUUCUGGUCCUACUAUGAGGUUUGCUCCUUCACAUCGACUGGCAUUCAGGGCUGGAUCACAGAACAGAAGGUUCCCUACGCAACCCAUGGCAACUCCUGGGUGGGCUAUGAUAACAAAGAGAGCUUUGCUGCAAAGACCCAGUGGCUGAGGGGGAAGAACCUGGGUGGGGCGUCUGUGUGGAGUCUUGACCUGGACGACUUUGGAGGUGUCUUCUGUGCAGAUGGCACAUACCCUCUGGUCAACCACCUGCGCAACUCACUGGGUUUCCCACCCAAACCUACCACCACUCCAGCCCCCACUACCACACCGGACCCCAUCGCCACUUUCUGUGUCGGUAAAGUCGAUGGUCUUUACCCCAACCCUGCUGAUGCCAGCACCUACUUUCAGUGUUUCCGUGGAAACACCUACUUGCAUAGCUGCCAGCCUGGCCUAGAGUACAAAGAUUCCUGCAAGUGCUGUGACUAUCCAUAAGGAAAUACAGGAACAGCUCUGGAGGCCAAGAACGCAACUUUGUGUCAGUAUCAUUAAUUAGCGGAAUAUUUGGCCAUUUGUAUCACUUUUUUGUAAAGUGCUAUGCUGACUGAAUGUUACUGUGAAGAGUAACAGAAUGGGAUUAUUUUUUUAUUCUGAAAUAAAAGUUACACAUUGUCA